AUGGAUACAACCACUUCACACCAAGCUUCCUCGAGCAGUAGACCUGCCCCGGCCUCCGCCGGCAAGAAAAAGACGCGCGGAAAUACCGAUCCAUCCACUCAGAAACGCCGCUGCGUGAGUACUGCUUGCAUCGCUUGUAGACGGAGAAAAUCCAAAUGCGACGGCGCCCUUCCCAGCUGCGCCGCCUGCGCCAGCGUUUACGGCACCGAGUGCGUUUAUGACCCCAAUUCGGAUCACCGGCGGAAGGGUGUCUACAGGGAAAAGGCUGGUACCGUCAAGGCUAAAAACUCCACUUUACAUGUCCUGAUAGACGCCAUCAUCAGCUUCCCCGAGGACGAAGUCCAUGACCUGGUUCAUCGCAUCCGUACCAGCACUAGCCUUGACGCUGUUGCUGAAGCCAUCCUGAACCACCAGAGCCUCGGAGUACAAGAUACAGAGUCGUCGGAACCGUUGGAAGACGGCGAUGCCGCUGGCCUCACCCUCGGCGGUGAGCAUGACCUUGCUCAAAAGAUGGGCGAGCUGCGGCUAGAGAAUGGUCUUGUGCGCUUCAUCGGCGGCACCUCCCAUCUCAUCUACCUCGGCGAGGCAUCUAGCGUGGCCCCGGAGCCAGCCACUGCCCUGGCCCACGUGGCCGAAGAUCCCAUUACAAGUUGGACCACCGUGACCAAAGACCCACAGCUCAUCAUCCACCUCGUCAACAUGUACUUCAACUGGCAUUAUCCCUACUUUGCUACCCUUUCCAAGCGGCUGUUUUACCAGGACUUCUUCCGAGGCAAACACGCCAACCCCGUCUACUGUUCUUCUCUCCUCGUAAACGCCAUUCUCGGGCUGGGCUGCCAUUUUACAUCCGUUCCCGGCGCAUUCGCCGUGGCUGGGGACAGCCGGACCAAGGGCGACCACUUCAUCGCCGAGGCCAAGAGGUUAAUCGUUGAAAACGAUGAGUACGAGAAACCGAGGCUUACUGCUGUCCAGGCCUUGGCUAUAAUGUCCGUCCGCGAAGCCGGCUGCGGAAGAGAAGCCAAGGGUUGGGUGUAUAGCGGUAUGAGUUUCCGCAUGGCCUAUGACAUUGGCCUCAACCUCGACGCGGGCGCCAUGGGCUCGGCCCAGGAGCGGAUGAGCGAGUACGAGAUCGAUGCCCGGAGGAUAACAUUUUGGGGCUGCUUUCUCUUUGACAAAUGUUGGUCCAACUACUUGGGACGCCUGCCCCAGAUCCCUCAGGGCUCCUAUAGCGUCCCGAAAUAUGAUGUCUUCCCAGACGAAGAUGCCGAGUCGUGGUCGCCCUACACCGACAACGGCUUCGACCAGUCAUCUAAACAACCUGCACGCACGCGGGCUAUCGGCCUAGAGCUCUCCAAGCUCUGCGAGAUCAGCAGCGACUUGCUCAUAUUCUUCUAUCACCCUACUCACCUUGGUAGAUCCACCGGAAAGUCCGCCGAGCUAAAGAAGCUGAGCGAGCUCCACCGCCGCCUGGAGGAAUGGCGCAAGGAGCUCCCCAAUGAGUUUGAGCCCAAGGACGGCCAGCUGCCCAACGUAAUUCUUACCCACAUGUUCUUUCAUCUCCAGUAUAUCCACUUGUUCCGCCCAUUCCUAAAAUACACCCCGGCUGCUUCUCCACUGCCUGCUCACGUCUCUCCGCGUCGCAUCUGCACGGCCAAUGCCAUCGCCAUCUCCAAGCUCAUCCGACUCUACAAGAAGAAUUGGAACCUCCGCCAAAUUUGCAACAUCGCCGUCUACAUCAUUCACAGCGCUUGCACGAUCCACCUUUUAAAUCUCCCGGACAAGACCGCCAAGCGCGAUAUUAUCCACGGCGUCAAACACCUCGAGGAGAUUGCCGAGGAUUGGCUCUGUGCUCGGCGCACUUUGGGUAUUCUAAGCGUCCUCUCUCGGAAGUGGAAUUGCGAGUUGCCCGAUGAAGCGCGGACUAUCUUGCAGCGCUCCGACGACAAGUACGGAACCUUUAGCACCUCCGAAGUGCCUUCUCCAGCGAGCGGUGGUGGCCUCGGCGUAGGUUCCCCUCCACCGAGUUCGCCGCCUCCAGCCUCUCCCGGAACGAGUGAUUGGGCUAACCUCCGUGCGACCCCGACACUUCCCGGCUACCCGCACCACCCCAGGUUCUCGCCUCUGGCGGCGGGAGGUAGCAACCUAACAUCGUCACAGACGAGCCGCUCGGGGACGCGACAGGUCUCGCCUACCAACAUCUUCCAAGACUCGGGUAUCGACGCCCAAAACUGGUAUCUCAACGACGGUGUGCGGUGGCAGCAAAAUUUCGAGUCGUGGGACGUCCCCGUCAACGGCACUACUCCAAACUCGGGCGCGUCUGCUCCGGCAACGCAGGCUAUGGCCCAGCCUCAAUCGCCCCUAUCGUCUGCGGACCACAGUCUCCAGCAGCAGCAGCAGCAGCAGCAACAGCAGCAACAACAGCAUUCGCAAGGAUUCGGAUUCAGGGCUGGAAUCAACGGCUCAGGUAGGAUGAGCGCAGAUGACUCCUCGUAUGGCGCGUUUGAUGCGCUAGCUGCCUUGAAUGGCUCAGGCUGGUUAUCAGGUCUCGAUUAG